AUGGACCUUCUAUCUGCUUUACGAGUCAUCCAGAAUGCUUCUGACGAGUGCCUGCAGCGUUAUGCUUCCGAGACUAUUUCAACGAUCCGAGGAGUCAGCCAUCGUCUUCAGCAGAAUCUACUUCUCCAUUCUUCCUACGAUUCCCCUAAUACACAGUCGACUCCUCCGUUUGAUUUCAGCAGUUCAUCUCCCCCCGGACUGCCUCAGACGACUCCCAAGGGGACACCAGCUGUAUCGGUCGGGCUUACCCCCUUGUCCCCUCCACGAUCACCUCAAGGCCCUCAUUCAGUCGCACAAUUUGAUUUUUCACUCGAAACACCUCGCCAACAUGGUGACAUUCUGGAAUUUCAAUCGCCGACACGGUCACCAGGAGAGCAGUUUGAGAACUCGAAUGCUGUAUCUCCCAACCAGGCAGUGAUCCCUGCCGAAGAGAUCACUGUCCCUCUUCCACCCCACCCUGAAAAGCGCGCUAGUCCAGACAAUGUGCUCGGCGUAUUGCGAGGGAUCCUAAAAUCGAUAGAUUUGGUGGCAAGUGCAUCCAAAAAUGGACAAAAUGUAUUGGUAACUCCUAAACGGCAUAUAUUUUCCGAUCUGCGACUGGAGCACAUACAACGAGUAGAGAGGAAAGCUCGGUUUUCGACGGCAGAUGAUAUUUUACUGAAUAUCCUGGCAUUGAGAUCUAUUGCAUCAGAGUUCACCCGUGAACAAAUAUUGGCGAACCAAUCAAUAAAGCUUGAUGAGAUUUAUGAAUAUGCCAAAUCCGGAAAUGAGAACGAUACAGAGCGUGACACCCUAUGGGAACGCAGGUUAUUCAGGUUCGACGAGAGGGAUUUCUCUGGAACGGUACUCCGAGAGGGUCUCAAGCAUCUCGUACUGGAGACGCUUGUUGCCGAACGUCUCCAGGAAACCAACCCGACAUCUUCAGUUACGACUUCCUCAAUUAUGGUAGUCUCCGCUCUUGUUGGGUUUCACAAAGACUCUUUUCGCAGGUUGCGUUAUAAGGAGAUGCCCAAUCUUGCGGUCGACAUAUCGUCUACUAUUAUUCCCGAGAGCGGGGAUCUUCUUCUGGACUUUGUGCGAGAGCAUAGUCCAUGGUUUGAAAAUGUGCAAAAAAGAUACAACAGUGAGUUAUUCUAA